AUGAGCGCCAACAUGGUCAUGGGUGAACCAAGGCUGAACUGGGACAUUUCCCCAAAAAAUGGCCUUAAGACAUUUUUCUCUCGAGAAAAUUAUAAAGAUCAUUCCAUGGCUCCAAGUUUAAAAGAACUAUGCACUUUAUCUAACAGACGUAUAGGAGAAAAUUUGAAUGCCUCAGCAAGUUCUGUAGAAAAUGAGCCGGCAGUCAGUUCAGCAGUUCAAGCAAAGGAAAAAGUUAAAACCACAGUUGGAAUGGUACUUCUUCCAAAACCAAGAGUUCCUUAUCCUCGUUUCUCUCGUUUCUCACAGAGAGAGCAGAGGAAUUACGUGGAUUUGUUGGUUAAAUAUGCAAAAAUUCCUGCAAAUUUCAGAGACGUUGGAAUAAAUAAAAAUGACUACUUGGAAUACUUGGAUAUGAAGAAGCAUGUGGAUGAAGAAGUUUCUGAAUUCCUAAAGUUUUUGCAGAAUUCUGCUAAGAAAUGUGCACAGGAUUAUAACAUGCUUUCUGAAGACGCUCGUCAAUUCACAGAGCAAAUUUUAAAAGCUUGCAUUGAACAAGUGAAAAACUAUCCAGAAUUCUAUACUCUCCAUGAAGUUACCAGCUUAAUGGGAUUUUUCCCAUUCAGAACAGAGAUGGGAUUAAAGUUAGAAAAGACUCUUCUUGCAUUGGGCAAUGUAAAGUAUGUGAAAACAGUAUUUCCUUCAAUGCCUGCAAAGCUGCAGCUUACAAAAGAUAACAAAGCUACCAUUGAAACACCAGAACAGACAGCUACAGCGAUGCAUGAUGAUAUUAGUAAAGACCCCAAUGCAGCAAAACUUGUUUCAAGAUAUCACCCACAAAUCGCUCUAACUAGUCAAUCAUUAUUUACUUUAUUAAAUAAUUAUGGACCAAGCUAUAAGGAACAAUGGGAAAUUCCUGUGUGCGUUCAACUAAUACCUGUUGCAGGAUCGAAACCAGUUAAAGUAAUUUAUAUUAAUUCACCACUUCCCCAAAAGAAAAUGACAAUGAGGGAAAGAAAUCUAGUCUAUCAUGAAGUUCCAUUAAAAUUCAUGAUGUCUAAAAACUCAUCUGUUCCAGUCUCUGCAGUAUUUAUGGACAAACCUGAAGAGUGUAUAUCUGAAGUGGAUACAUCUUGUGAAGUUAAUGAGUGCCGAAAAAUUGAAACUCUUGAAAAUGAGAAUCUGGAUUUUGAUGAUGAUGUCACAGAACUUGAAACUUUUGGAGUAACCACCACCAACUUGUCAAAGCCAUCAAGUCCAGCAAGUAUUUCUGCAGCACCCAACGGUAGAGGGGCUCCCACAGCCACCAAGGCAACAGCUGCUCGUGGGCCACCAACUGUACCAAACGUUUCUGCUAAUUCAAGAAGUUUGUCUCAGAUCCUGAUGGAACAACUGCAGAAGGAGAAACAACUGGUGACUGGUGCAGACGGUGGUCCUGAAGAGUGCAAGAAAAAUGAUCAGGGAACUGAAUCGUGUGGUAAUCAGAUACCAAAUUCUGACAAGUCUUUAAUAAUGCAAGAUAGUGAAUUGACAACGUCGGCUGCCCUACAGUUAGAAAGUUCUAAGACUAAGGAAAUUGAAACCGCUGAUAAAAAUGAUGUGGCUCCUGAUAAAGUAAAUGCGGAUGAAAGAGUAAAUGUUCUAGAGAAUACAGGCAAUUCAAAGGAAAAGACUGUUACAUCAGAAGCAGAUAGAACCGAAGAUGUACUUCAUUCCAGUAGUGAUACAGAUGAAGACUGUUUAGUUAUUGACACAGAAUGUAGAAGUAAUAGUACUGAGACUAUAGCUGUUGUGAGUUCUAAUUUAAGUUCUAAAUCAGCUAGCCCAAAUCCCUUCUCAGGACAGGCUUCUGCAAGUAACCAGACUCAUACUAAUGCAACAUGUAGUCCUGAAGAGUCAUGUGUUUUAAAGAAACCUAUCAAAAGAGUAUAUAAAAAAUUUGAUCCCGUUGGAGAAAUUUUAAAAAUGCAGGAUGAACUCUUAAAGCCAAUUUCCAGAAAAGUGCCUGAAUUGCCCUUAAUGAAUUUAGAAAAUUCUAAAGACCCUGUUUCCGAACAACCCUCUGGUACUUCAGAUGAUGCCUCCAGUUGGCCAAAAUCUCUAUGGCCAUCUGCAUUUCAGAAGCCGAAAGGACGAUUGCCAUAUGAACUUCAGGACUAUGUUGAAGACACAUCAGAAUAUCUAGCUCCUAAGGAAGGAAAUUUUGUUUAUAAGUUAUUUAGUCUUCAAGACCUGUUGUUACUCGUGCGUUGCAGUGUCCAGAGGAUAGAGACAAGACCACGUUCUAAAAAACGGAAGAAAAUCAGAAGACAAUUUCCAGUUUAUGUGCUACCAAAAGUGGAGUAUCAGGCUUGUUACGGAGUUGAAGCUCUGACUGAAAGUGAACUUUGUCGCUUGUGGACUGAAAGUUUAUUGCAUUCCAACUCCUCAUUUUAUGUUGGGCAUAUUGACGCAUUCACUUCAAAGCUUUUUCUACUUGAAGAAAUUACCUCAGAAGAGUUAAAAGAAAAGCUCUCAGCUCUCAAGAUUUCAAGUUUAUUCAACAUCCUCCAACACAUCCUAAAGAAAUUAAGUAGCUUGCAGGAGGGUUCCUAUUUGCUGUCUCAUGCAUCAGAAGAUUCUUCACUCCUGAUCUAUAAGACAUCUGAUGGGAAAAUUACCCGGACAGCAUACAAUCUGCAUAAAACACACUGUGGCCUGCCUGCUGUACCUUCCAGUCUCUCCGUUCCCUGGGUCCCGUUAGACCCAAGUCUCUUACUACCAUAUCAUAUCCAUCAUGGAAGAAUACCUUGUACUUUUCCACCGAAAUCACAAGGUCCUACUACACGACAAAAGGUUGGUGGAACAAGAAUGCUUACGCGUAGCCGCAGGAAUCCAGUUUCCAUGGAAACCAAAAGCAGUUGCUUGCCUGCUCAGCAAGUUGAAAAUGAAGGAGUGGCUCCAAAUAAAAGAAAAAUAACUUAAGGGCUGUACCACUGAAAAUGAAAUUCAAGAAAAAAGUUACAGCAGUGUUAAAUUUAGAAAAUUUUGAGGGGAAAUAUGCCUAAAAGAUCAGUAGGCUAAAGAAAAAAAAUUUUAUUUUAGUGACCUCCAUAGUUCCUAGAGUGCCUUGGAAAUCUAUGUUGGGCAUGUAAAUUAAAAUAGAAUGUUAUACUACUAACUCUCAUGUUUGAAGAAAAUCUAAAUGUGUUUUAACAUUAUCAUGACAGGG